UUUCUUGAGCUUCAUUUAGAGUAUUAUUUUUUAUAAUCAUGGUGAAUAAUACUCCAAACAAUGAAGGUAUUUGUUUUAUUGAGUGUGAGAAUCAAAUCUCCAAUAAUUAUUCAUCACUAAAUACUCACUUCAAAACACUACAAAAUCCUUUCACAAAUCUCAAAAAUUACAAUCAAGGGAGGUACGAUGAGAAAAAUAAUGUUGAUGCUACCACUCUACCUAUGGUACCUUUUUCAUUCACUAACAAUAAUCCUACACCCUUCAUAACGACAGCUAGGUAUGAUCGAACAUUGCCUUUGAGUUCAUGCAACACUUCUCUCACUCCUUAUCCUCCAAACGUAUAUCGAAAUUCUAAAGAUUAUGCAACUGGAUAUCAAAAGAAUUUUCGAUAUUCUCCCUAUAGUGAAGCUUCCAAUCACAUUAAUAACUCUAUAUUGUCCAAUAAUUUCAUUUCUCGUUCAAGGAUUGAUUUGAAUAGCUAUCAAGGUUUUAAGAAUAUUGCUAUACCAAAUUCAAAUCCUCAUUUACUUCGUCCAAUUAAAUCUAAGGAUUUGGAUUUGUUUUUUUCUUCUCGAAUUGGUAAUGCUAAUUCAACAAUGGAACAUCAAGUGUUUGAUAUUCGAGAAACUGAAGCUUGGAAAAACUCAAUGACUCAAAACAAAGAUGACAAGAAUACAAUUCCAGUGAUAAAAAAUGGCGUUGCAAAUGAAAAUGAUGAAAAGCAUUUGGAUCUCUCACUUCAUCUUUAGAUCAUGAGUUAAUAUCUUUUGUCGAAUUAGUUUAAUAAAUUAUUAAUUUUGUUUUUCAUUAAAAAAAAUAGUGUUUUUCUA